AUAAAUGGACGUUAGGCGACAUCUGACGUGCCUUUUCUAUGCCAAGGAAAAUAUUCGAUUGCCUAGCUUAAUAAGGAUUGCAAUUUGCUUGUUGAAGCGAUUUUUCUAAUUUUGCGAUUAGUGCAACGUGAUUUUGUGAAGCGCUUAAUAAUAAUAAAGCAAUUGUAAAAAGUUUGUGGUACAAUAUUAUAGACAUUCUCAUAUUAUUUUCUUUAGUAAAACUCUAUAAUAAUAGUAUUAUAAUAUGAAAAGUAAAUUUCAUGUUGGUUAUUAAGUUAAUAAAGUUAUUAAAGCGACAUUGAAAUCUUUGUUAUGGUAAUGGAGAAAGCUGACGUUAAUUUUGAUUGAUCAUUAUAAAAAUAAAAACAACACAACAAUUAUUGAUUAGAUUAUACCUGGAGUUUAAAAUUUUUAAAUGUCCCAAGGACGUUUCAAUCGCCAUCUCUAACUGAUCAGCUGGACGACCGCAGACGACUACAAAAAAUGACAAAAUCCACGCAGCUCUUGUGCUAACAGUGACGCAUUCAUCCAUAGUUUUGUUAUUCUAAUUUUCCUUGUUAUAAAUAUUAUCAAUAGCAAUUUAAAAGAUCAAGCAAAACAGAGUUUAAUCUUUUAAAUUCUAUAACAAUAUAGUUAUUAAUUUUCGAUCGACAACUGUACUUUGCACUAAUUUUUUUCAAGACAAGACUUUAUAUUGUUAUUUUGUUUUGUAAUAUCAUCAAAGUUGCAAUGGAUCGCGAAGAUGAAGUUUUGACAAUAUUGAAAAUCCUAAUGAUUGGCGAGACCAAUGUCGGAAAAUCAAGUAUCUUGCUAAGGUUUACGGAGGAUGAAUUCCAUGAUAACAUACAAAACACAGUUGGGAUGGACUACAAGUCUAAAAAAAUUACAAUCGAUGGUAACACAGUUAAGUUAGCUAUUUGGGACACUGCUGGACAAGAAAGAUUUCGUACACUGACUCCCAACUACUAUCGAGAUGGUCAAGGAGCUAUUUUAGUUUAUGAUGUUACAGACAGAUCAACAUUCAUAAGAUUAGACACAUGGUUGAAUGAGCUACACACAUAUUGCAACAAAACAGACAUUGUCAAAAUGGUUGUUGGGAACAAGAUUGAUCUUCCCAAUAGACAAGUUAGCAUAGAAGAGGGUUUACAGUUUGCAAGAAGGCACCAAACAUUAUACAUUGAAAGUAGUGCGAAAACUGCAGAUGGAGUAAAAUGUUGUUUUGAAGAACUUGUUCAGAAGAUCAUUCAAACACCAGGCCUAUGGGACACAUAUUCCUGGAAAUCUAAUAAUGCAAAUGGCAGUAGUGGACCAAGGCAACGAAUAGGAAAGAAAGGACUGCAACUAACAGAUGAUUACGAGCCAGACAAUUCUUAUUCAAGUUGCUAUUGCAGUUUAUUUUAAUUAUAAAAUAUAUUGUGAAAGUUGGAUUGAUUUAUUCUCAGAUAAGAUAUAAUUCCAAUAUGCUCAUUUUUAAUCUUUUUCAUGUUGAUUGAGUAUUUUGCCUAUAUGAAAAUCAUUCUUAUCAAAAAGAUAAUUGAUAUAUAAUGAAGUUAAUACUAAUUUUUUAAUUUUUAUGUAAGAUAAAAUUGUUUCCUUGCAAAUAUAAUUUGAUAACUAGCCGAAACCCAUUGAUCACAGCAUUUUUCUGAAACAUUUGUAUUACUACUAAAGUAACUAAAGUAAGAUGUACUAUCAACCACUUUGGGAGCUUUUGUAUGUUAUAUUUUUCAAAAAAAAAUUUUUUUAUAAAUAUAAAUAAAAACGGAGUUAUGACGAUGUACACAUAUAUGAUGUACUAUAAAUUACAUACAUUAAUAUUGAGUAUAUAGUAACGUUUUAAAACAUUCGAUCGUAUGAUAUGAAAUCUUUUAAGGAACAUGUGAUGGUAAGACUAGUACAAUGAAUACUUUGUAAAAAAAUCUUGUAAAAUAUUUAUUUGUAAAUAAAAAGUCGUCUUUCCACAACGUUUGCUAUUGUUCUU